AUGCGAAGUUCUCCAAUGCUAUUCUAUUAUUUACCGAAGCGACCGCGUUAUCGAAUGUUUCAGCACAUGAUCGUGGGAUAUCGAGCUUUACACGAAGCCAAAAAAGCUCGACAUCUUUCGCCAAUAUGCUGGAGAGGACAUUUUCAUAUUACCACAGCAUGUGCAGCUUUAAAUAAACAUGAGAAAGCUAUCACUUCGUAUGAGUGUGCUUUAGCUCCUGAUCCAAUAAACACUCAAAUACAAAAAACAUUGUUUGAGAGUCAACUUGUACACGGUCGACAACUACGACAAGAGCAUCUGGACCCGAGAUUUCAACCAAAAAACAAUGCCUGA